ACUUGGAUGCCAGUCAUUGGAGUUACCGAUGCGACACUAACCAGAGAUCCCGCAACACAACUGACAAGAAAACGCCAAUGGCAGUGGGGAAGAAAUGUUGUGGAACCAGUUACCCAGUCAGCAUCGCCUUCAUAGUGGUGAAUGAGUUUUGUGAACGCUUUUCCUACUAUGGCAUGAAAGCGGUGUUGAUGCUCUACUUUGUCACUUACCUCCAAUGGGACAAGAACCUCUCCACGGCUGUCUACCACGCCUUCUCGAGCCUCUGCUACUUCACACCUGUGUUGGGGGCCCUCAUUGCAGACUCCUGGCUGGGCAAGUUCAAGACCAUUAUCUAUCUGUCCAUAGUCUAUGUCUUUGGUCAUGUGGUCAAGUCUGUUGGAGCCAUUCCUGAUGUGGGGGACAACACCAUACACAUUGUGUUGUCCAUGUUAGGGCUGAUCCUCAUAGCAUUUGGUACCGGGGGCAUCAAACCCUGUGUGGCGGCAUUUGGUGGAGACCAGUUUGAGGAGGAACUUGUGAACCAGAGGAGGAAGUUCUUCUCUAUUUUCUACAUGUCAAUUAAUGCUGGCAGCGUCUUAUCAACUUUUAUCACACCCAUACUGAGAAGCGAUGUCCAGUGCUUCAAUGGGGACUGCUAUGCUUUGGCCUUUGGUGUGCCUGCAGCUCUGAUGGUUGUGGCUUUGGUUGUGUUCAUUGCUGGCAGCGGGCUGUAUAAGAAGAAUCCUCCAGAGGGAAACGUUCUGUUGGAUGUCUGCAAGUGCAUUGGGUUCGCCAUCAGAAACCGCUUCAGGAGAUCUAAAUAUGAAGUUAAGAGGAAGCACUGGUUGGACUGGGCUGAGGAUAAGUACUCGAAACGACUGAUUGAGGAGAUUAAGAUGGUCCUGAGAAUUCUGCUCCUCUACAUUCCCCUUCCCAUGUUCUGGGCUCUGUUUGAUCAGCAGGGUUCCCGGUGGACACUCCAAGCCAUUAAGAUGGACAUGGCUUUUGGAGAUUCGUUCAUUUUGAAGCCUGACCAGAUUCAGAUGUUGAAUGCUCUGCUGAUUCUGGUCUUUGUGCCCAUCUUCGACAUCAUCAUAUAUCCUCUCAUUGGCCUGUGUCGAAUCAACAUCACGCCUCUAAGAAAGAUGGCCGCCGGUAUGAUCUUUGCUGCACUGGCCUUUGGAGCAGCCACGUUGGUGGAGGUUAACGUGAUGAAAACAGUGGUGGCGCCGGCCCCUCAGGAGGAGUGUCUGCUGCAGGUCCUUAACCUGGCAGAGGAGGGGGUCGUUGUCAAGAUCCCUGACACAGACCUCUUUCCAAAUCCAAUCCCAGCCCUACAGGACCCUCCUGAAUAUUUGAGACUUCCGUUGGGAGCAGCCAGCAAAGAAGUGAAACUGAAUGUGAGCUACAAAGGACUCAGUGAAACUUCCCUGUGCAACAUCACGCUCAUACAACAGAAAGCCCACAGCGUCAUUUUGUAUGCCGCAGGACGUGGAAUUCAGUGUGCUCUGGUGGAAGACAACAUAGAGAAAGACAAAAAUGGGAAGCCUCGUCUGAGGUUCAUCAACACACAGCCCGAGGAAAUAAACCUCACUGUUGGAGACAGGAACUUCCAGGUUCCCGCUCACUACGGCAUCUCUCCCAGUGAACCCGUGGACAGGAAGGAAUACUCAGACAUCCCAUGUAACUCAGAAUCACAGAAGUGCUCUUCCCUUGAUCUGGGCCUGCUAGACUUUGGAGCAUCCUACACCGUCGUACUUGUGGAGGAAUCAGGCAAGACUGUGGCGCACAAGAUGGAAGAUGUGGAAGCCAAUAACGUGCACAUUACCUGGCAGAUCCCACAGUACAUCCUCAUCACGGCUGGGGAGGUCAUGUUCUCCAUCACUGGCCUUGAGUUCUCCUACUCGCAGGCCCCGGCAAAUAUGAAGUCUGUCUUGCAGGCUGGUUGGCUGCUCACUGUUGCCUUUGGGAAUGUCAUAGUGCUAAUUGUGGCAGAGGGGGCAGGACUGGAUCAGUGGAAGGAGUUCCUGUUGUUUGGCGUCUUCUUGAUUUUCGUCUGCAUCAUCUUCUCCACCAUGGCCUGCUUUUACACUUACGUUGACCCUGAGCAGUUUGACAGGAUUUAUCUGCAGGAUAUUGUCAGGGAGGAAGACGACGACGACCUGAAGAAUCAACACACGGAUAAUAUAUACAGGGACAGAGUAGACAAGAGCACCAGAAUGUAACUCUACUUCCACAUCAAUCAUC